AUGUCUUCCUUAAACUCACUUCCGGAUUUCGAAAAAUUUAUUGAAAUAUCUCCAAAUUUCUAUCGUGCAACAUUUGGCCUAACUUUUUGUUUUACAAAAUACCCUGUUGCAAUAUUCUUAGUUCAUAUUCAUCCUUCAAAUGACUGGGUUCUUAUUGACGCUGCUGAUUCAGACAACGUCUCGAAAGUUUUACAAGCACUUUCCAACCAUUUCUCCUCGUUUCCGAAUCAUAAAAUUAAAUACAUUGCAUUAACUCAUGGUCAUCAUGAUCACACUUCUGCAAUUCCAGCUUUAUUGGAAAAAUAUAACGAUGCAAUGAUUGUUACGGGAGAAUUGGAAGUACCAUUUCUUGUUGGUGAAAAUCAAUAUAAACGCCAACAAAGUGAUAAUAUUUGGUUUCAAGCAUUUAAAUUUCUUGCGAAAGAUGAUAGUAUCAUUAUAAGCAGAGAAAAGAUAAUUGCUAUUCAGCAAGGAAAAGAAGAUGAAUUUGAAUUCUCUAAAAUUUUAAAACCAAUUUUUACUGUUGGACAUACAGCUGGAUCUCUUUCAUAUCAGCACGUACCAACAAAAUCAAUUAUUGUUGGUGACAUGAUAUUUAAUGUUUCACCUAGAUUUUUUUUGAUGGCAAUCUCUUCAGCUAGUUUAGUCGAUAAUUAUAAAUCUAUAGAAAAAAUAUCGCAAAUGAAAGAUAUAGAUUAUAUAUAUCCUGGUCAUAAUAUGGAAACUAAAGGUAUUAAUGUCGAAGACUUGAAGGCAUUUUUGAAGUAA